AAAAUGUAACACAGGAUGGUGAUGUAAUGAUUCCUAUAGGCUGUAUGUAAAUGCUAUAGGAUUUGUAUCUUGCACUGGAUUGGAGAGUGAGAAAUAGAAUAUUCAACACAGGAGAAAAUUUAUUGUAUUGUAACAGGAACCUUACUCUCUUCUGCUCUUGCCCUCUUCCUCUCUCACCCUCUCAUCCUCUCUCCCACUCCCUUCUCUCAGACCUGCUCUGAGCUGUGGCUGGCAGCUCCCAGCAGGGCCCCUGUGCCCAGGCCCUUUGCAAUGAACCCCAAGUUCCCCGACCUGGCUGCAGAGAUCUCUGGUCUCCGUCCCUCCCGACCGUCCUACCCCCGACGCCCUACAAACAUCUCAUCCCUUGUUUUCCCCACACCAGGAUUUCCCAUUGCCAGUGCUUGGGAGGCUGCGAGAAAGAGGAAGAUGUCCCAGGACACUGAGGCAGAGCGGGAGCUGAGCAUGGAGAGCAGGGAGGACAAAUCCCCGGGGCAGAACCUGGUGGCAGAGGCCGUUUUGAGCGGCUCCACUGCGCAGGAACCCAACGGGGAGGAAAAGCCCCGGAGAUGCCGCACAAGGAGGGGCUGCAAACGCAGAUCACGGGGAUCUGAGGGGGAAAGAGCCAGCCUGGGCCGGGAAGGCGGCCGGAGAUGGAGCCAGAGCUCGGACCUGGUGCUCCAUGAGCAGGUCUGUGAUGGGGAGAAGCCCCACACGUGUGGGGAGUGUGGGAAGAGCUUCAGGUGGAACUCCAACCUCAUCAGUCACCAGAGGACCCACACUGGGGAACGGCCCUACGAGUGUGAUCAGUGCAGGAGGAGGUUUCAGACCAGCUCCAAUCUCCUCGUGCACCAGCGCACGCACACAGAGGAGAGGCCCUUCCGCUGCCCUGACUGUGGGCAGGGCUUCAGGCAGAACUCCCAUCUUGUAUUGCACCGACAGAUCCACACUGGGGAGAGGCCCCACAAGUGUGGGGAAUGUGGGAAGAGCUUCAGCCAGAGCUCCGCCCUCAUCAGUCACCAGAGGACCCACACUGGGGAACGGCCCUACGAGUGUGGGGAGUGUGGGAAGAGCUUCAGCCUGAGCUCCAAUCUGAUCAGUCACCAGAGGACCCACACUGGGGAGAGGCCCUUCGAGUGUCAGGAGUGUGGGAAGAGCUUCAGGUGGAACUCCAACCUCAUCAGUCACCAGAGGACCCACACUGGGGAACGGCCCUACGAGUGCGGGGAGUGUGGGAGUGUGGAGAGCUUUAGCCACCAUUCCACCCUGACCUGCCACCGGCGCAUCCACACUGUGGAGAGGCCCUACGAGUGUGAUAAAUGCAGGAAGAGGUUUAAGAGCAGCUCCCAUCUCCUCCAGCACUAUUGGACUCACACAGAGGAGAGGCCCUUCCAAUGCCCUGACUGUGGGAAGGGAUUCAGGCAGAACUCCACCCUCAUCACCCACUGGCGCAACCACACUGGGGAGAGGCCCUACGUGUGUCCCCAGUGUGGGAAGAGCUUCUCCAUCAGCUCUAACCUGACCCGACACCAACGGAGGCACCGGUAAGGGAAGCCCUGCGAGUGCCCCGAGUGUGGGAAGAGCUUCGUCCAGAGCUCGGACCUGGUGCUCCAUGAGCAGGUCUGUGAUGGGGAGAAGCCCCACACAUGUGGGGAGUGUGGGAAGAGCUUCAGGUGGAAGUCCUACCUGAUCAGGCACCAGAGGACCCACACUGGGGAACGGCCCUAUGAGUGUGGGGAGUGUGGGAAGAGCUUCAGUCAGAGCUCCAAUCUGAUCCUGCGCCAGAGGACCCACACUGGGGAACGGCCCUACGAGUGUGGGGAGUGUGGGAAGAGCUUCAGUCAGAGCUCCAAUCUGAUCCUGCACCAGAGGACCCACACUGGGGAACGGCCCUACGAGUGUGAUCAAUGCAGGAAGAGGUUUCACACCAGCUCCAGUCUCCUCCUGCACCAGCGCAUGCACACAGAGGAGAGGCCCUUCCACUGCCCCGACUGCAGGCAGGGCUUCAGGCGCAACACCCAUCUUGUCAGGCACCAACGCAUCCACACUGGGGAGAGGCCCCACGAGUGCGGGGAAUGUGGGAAGAGCUUCACCCGGAGCUCCCACCUAAUCAGCCACCAGAGGACCCACACUGGGGAACGGCCCUACGAGUGUGGGGAGUGUGGGAAGAGCUUCAGCCGGCAUUCCACCCUGAUCAUCCACCAAAAGAUCCACUCUGGGGAGAGGCCCUAUGAGUGUUCCAAGUGUGGGAAGAGGUUUCGGAUCAAAUUCCAUCUCCUCCAUCACUUUCUGAGUCACACAGAGGAGAGGCCCUUCCAGUGCCCUGACUGCGGGAAGGGAUUCAAGCACAACUCCACCCUCGUCACCCACAGGCGCAUCCACACUGGGGAGAGGCCCUACAAGUGUCCCCAGUGUGGGAAGAGCUUCCUCAGGAGCUCUGACUUGACCCAACACCAACAGAGGCUCCGAAUUAGGGAAAAAUCCCCACUGCAGGAAAGUAGGCAGAGCUUCAGCCGGAGCUCAGAGCUGGUGGCCCAUGAGCAGCUUCGUGAUGGGGAGAAGUGUUACAAGUGUUUGGAGUGUGGGAAGAGCUUCAGGAAGAGCUCCCACCUGAUCCGCCACCAGAUGAUCCACACUGGGGAAUGGGCCUGGGAGUGUGGGGAAUGUGGGAAGGGCUUCAGCUGCAGCUCAGAACUCGUCAUCCACCAACGCAUCCACACCGGGGAGAGGCCCUACGAGUGCCCCACAUGUCAGAAGAGGUUUCACACCAGCUCCAAUCUCCUUGUGCAUGAGCGGAUCCACACAGAUGAGAGGCCCUUCCGCUGCCCUGAGUGUGGGAAGGGCUUCAAGCACAACUCCACCCUUGUCACCCACCGGCGCAUCCACACUGGAGAGAGGCCCUACGAGUGUCCCCAGUGUGGGAUGACCUUCACCCGGAGCUCAGAGCUGGUGGCCCAUGAGCAGCUUUGUGAUGGGGAGAAGCGUUACAAGUGUUUGGAGUGUGGGAAGAGCUUCAGGCAGAGCUCUCACCUGAUCCGCCACCAGAUGAUCCACACUGGGGAAUGGGCCUGGGAGUGUGGGGAAUGUGGGAAGGGCUUCAGCUGGAGCUCAGAACUUGUCAGGCACCAACGCAUCCACACCAGGGAGAGGCCCUACGAGUGCACCCUGUGUCAGAAGAGGUUUCACACCAGCUCCAGUCUCCUUGUGCAUGAGCGGAUCCACACAGAUGAGAGGCCCUUCCGCUGCCCCGACUGUGGGAAGGGCUUCAAGCAAAUUGUUCACCUCAUCACCCACUGGCGCAUCCACACUGGGGAGAGGCCCUACGAGUGUCCCCAGUGUGGGAAGAGCUUCACCCAGAGCUCUGCCUUGACCACCCAUGAGCAGCUUCGUGAUGGGGAGAAGUGUUGCAAGUGUUUGGAGUGUGGGAAGAGCUUCAGGAAGAGCUCCCACCUGAUCCGCCACCAGAUGAUCCACACUGGGGAAUGGGCCUGUGAGUGUGGGGAAUGUGGGAAGGGCUUCAGGUGCAGCUCAGAACUUGUCAGGCACCAACGCAUCCACACCAGGGAGAGGCCCUACGAGUGCCCCACAUGUCAGAAGAGGUUUCACACCAGCUCCCAUCUCCUUGUGCAUGAGCGGAUCCACACAGAUGAGAGGCCCUUCCGCUGCCCCGACUGUGGGAAGGGCUUCAAGCACAACUCCACCCUCGUCAUCCACCGGCGCAUCCACACCAGGGAAAGGCCCUACGAGUGUUCCCAGUGUGGGAAGAGCUUCACCUGUAGCUCUAACUUGACCAGUCACAAACGGAGGCACCGUGGUGAGAAGCCCUACAAGUGCCUGGAGUGUGGAAAGAGCUUCUGGACGAGCAGCGAACUGAUCUACCACCAGAUGAUUCACACUGGGGAAUGGGCCUACGAGUGUGGGGAAUGUGGGAAGGGCUUCAGCUGCAGAUCCAACCUCCUGACCCACCAACACAUCCACACCAGGGAGAGGCCCUAUGAGUGCCCCACAUGUCAGAAGAGGUUUCACACCAGCUCCAAUCUCCGCCAGCAUGAGCGGAUCCACACAGAAGAGAGGCCUUUCCGCUGCCCUGACUGUGGGAAGGGCUUCAAGCACAACUCCCACCUCAUCACCCACCGGCGCAUCCACACUGGGGAGAGGCCCUACGAGUGUCCCCACUGUGGGAUGACCUUCACCUGUAGCUCAGCCUUGACCAAACACAAAUGGAGGCACCGAGGGGAGAAGCCCUACAAGUGCUUGGAGUGUGGAAAGAGCUUCUGGACGAGCAGCGAACUGAUCCGCCACCAGAUGAUCCACACCGGGGAAUGGGCCUACGAGUGUGGGGAAUGUGGGAAGGGCUUCAGCUGCAGUUCCAACCUCCUCACCCACCAACGCAUCCACACCAGGGAGAGGCCCUACGAGUGCCCCACAUGUCAGAAGAGGUUUCACACCAGCUCCAAUCUCCUUUUGCAUGAGCGCAUCCACACAGAUGAGAGGCCCUUCCGCUGCCUUGACUGUGGGAAGGGCUUCAAUGAAAAUGCUCACCUCAUCACCCACAGGCGCAUCCACACUGGGGAGAGGCCCUACGAGUGUUCCCAGUGUGGGAAGAGCUUCACCUGUAGCUCUACCUUGACCCAACACCAACAGAGGCACGUGGAAGAGAAGCCCUACAAGUGCUUGGAGUGUGGAAAGAGCUUCUGGACGAGCAGCGAACUGAUCCGCCACCAGAUGAUUCACACAAGGGAAUGGCCCUACGAGUGUGGGGAAUGUGGGAAGGGCUUCAGCUGCAGAUCCAACCUCCUCACCCACCAACGCAUCCACACCAGGGAGAGGCCCUUCGAGUGUCCCACAUGUGGGAAGAGGUUUCAGACCAGCUCCCAUCUCCUUCAGCAUGAACGGAUCCACACGGAUGAGAGGCCCUUCUGCUGCCCUGACUGUGGGAAGGGCUUCAAGCAAAACACUCACCUCAUCACCCACCGGCGCAUCCACACUGGGGAGAGGCCCUACGAGUAGAAGCCCUACAAGUGCUUGGAGUGUGGAAAGAGCUUCUGGACGAGCAGCGAACUGAUCUGCCACCAGAUGAUCCACACCGGGGAAUGGGCCUACGAGUGUGGGGAAUGUGGGAAGGGCUUCAGCUGCAGAUCCAAUCUCCUCAUCCACCAACGCAUCCACACAAGGGAGAGGCCCUACGAGUGCCCCACAUGUGGGAAGAGGUUUCAGACCAGCUCCCAUCUCCUUCAGCAUGAACGGAUCCACACGGAUGAGAGGCCCUUCCGCUGCCCUGACUGUGGGAAGGGCUUCAAGCACAACUCCACCCUUGUCAGGCACCAGCGCAUCCACACUGGUGAGAGGCCCUACGAGUGUCCCCAGUGUGGGAUGACUUUCACCUGUAGCUCUGCCUUGACCAGACACCAGCGCAUCCACACUGGGGAGAGGCCCUACGAGUGUUCCCAGUGUGGGAAGAGCUUCACCUGUAGCUCUGCCUUGACCAGACACCAACGGAGGCACCGAGGGGAGAAGCCCUACAAGUGCUUGGAGUGUGGGAAGAGCUACAGGAACAGCAGCAACCUGAUGCGCCACCAGAUGAUCCACAGUGGGGAAUGGCGCUACGAGUGUGGGGAGUGUGGGAAGGGCUUCAGCUGCAGAUCCACGCUUGUGACCCACCGGCGCAUCCACACUGGGGAGAGGCCCUACGAGUGCCCCACAUGUGGGAAGAGGUUUCAGACCAGCUUCCAUCUUGUCCAGCAUGAGCAGAUCCACACAGAUGAGAGGCCCUUCCACUGCUCCGACUGUGGGGAGGGCUUCAAGCGAAACGCUCACCUCAUCACCCACCGGCGCAUCCACACUGGGGAGAGGCCCUACGAGUGUCCCCAGUGUGGGAAGAGCUUCACCCAAAGCUCUAACUUGACCAGACACCAACGGAGGCACCGGGGUGAGAAGCCCUACAAGUGUUUGGAGUGUGGGAAGAGCUUCAGUAACAGCAGCACCUUGAUCCAACACCAGAUGAUCCACACUGGGGAAUGGGCCUUCGAGUGUGGGGAGUGUGGGAAGGGCUUCAGCUGCAGCUCAGAACUCGUCAGGCACCAACGCAUCCACACUGGGGAGAGGGCCUAUGAGUGCCCCACAUGUCAGAAGAGGUUUUACACCAGCUCCAGUCUCGUCAAGCACCAGCGGAUCCACACAGAUGAGAGGCCCUUUCGCUGCCCUGACUGUGGGAAGGGCUUCAAGCACAACUCCACCCUCGUCACCCACCGUCGCAUCCACACUGGAGAGAGGCCCUACGAGUGUUCCCAAUGUGGGCAGAGCUUCAGCCAGAGCUCAGAGCUGGUGGCCCAGGAGCAGCUUCAUGAGAACAAGAGGCCCUAUGAGUGCUUGGAGUGUGGGAAGAGCUUCAGGAAGAGAUUCAACCUGAGCUGCCACCAGAGGAUCCACACUGGGGAACGGCCCUAUGAGUGCUUGGAAUGUGGGAUGAGCUUCAGCCACAGGUCUGACCUGGGUGUCCACCAGAGGUUCCACACUGGGGAGAGGCCCUACGAGUGUCCUGAGUGUCAGAAGAGGUUUCACACCAGCUCCCACCUCCUUGUACAUGAGCGGAUUCACAGUGAGGAGAGGCCCUUCUGCUGCCCCAACUGCGGGAUGGGCUUCAAACACAACUCCACCCUCGUCACCCACCGGCACAUCCACAGCGGGGAGAGGCCCUAUGAGUGUCCCCCGUGUGGGAAGAGCUUCUCAGACCGCUCCUUCUUUACCCGACACCAGCAGAGGCACCGGGGUGAAAGGCCCUAUGAGUGCUUGGAGUGUGGGAAGAGCUUCAGGAAGAGAUUCAACCUCUGCCACCAGAGGAUCCACACUGGGGAACGGCCCUAUGAGUGCUUGGAAUGUGGGAUGAGCUUCAGCCACAGGUCUGACCUGGGUGUCCACCAGAGGUUCCACACUGGGGAGAGGCCCUACGAGUGUCCUGAGUGUCAGAAGAGGUUUCACACCAGCUCCCACCUCCUUGUACAUGAGCGGAUUCACAGUGAGGAGAGGCCCUUCUGCUGCCCCAACUGCGGGAUGGGCUUCAAACACAACUCCACCCUCGUCACCCACCGGCACAUCCACAGCGGGGAGAGGCCCUACGAGUGUCCCCAGUGUGGGAAGAGCUUCUCAGACCGCUCCUUCUUUACCCGACACCAGCAGAGGCACCGGUAAGGGAAGCCCUGCGAGAGCCCCGAGUGCAGGAAGAGCUUCGUGCACUGCUCCAGCUCCACCCAUCAGAGGACCCACAUUGGUCAGAGCCCUGGUGAUCCACAUUCCCUUUGAUACGCAGUGGGAAGUGGUUGGUGUUCCUUUUUCUUUGCCUCUCAUUAUCUUUUGAUUUAUCUCUCUCCCUUCAAAACAUAGAAAAUCGGGGUAAAAGUCAACAAAUGCAACAGAGGCCUCACAUUUUA